ACAACUCUGCAGAAAAUCUCUUGACUCGAUUGACCGUGGCUCUCUCGGAGUUAGAACAAAAUGAGUGCGACGGCGAAUUUUCUGCGGAAUUCACUUUCACGGAAUGUGUUCCGUCAAUUCAGCACCACCCCGAGGGUGGCAGCGUCCCAAAUGACAGUGCGGGAUGCGCUAAACGCCGCUAUCGACGAAGAGAUGGAGCGCGAUGACAAGGUUUUCAUUCUCGGCGAAGAAGUCGCUCAGUACGAUGGAGCAUACAAAGUGACUCGCGGGCUGUGGAAGAAGUACGGCGACCGUCGGGUGAUAGACACUCCCAUCACAGAAAUAGGUUUCGCAGGAAUUGCUGUUGGCGCAGCCUUCGGAGGACUCCGGCCGAUUUGCGAAUUCAUGACAUUCAACUUCUCAAUGCAGGCCAUUGAUCACGUGAUAAACUCGGCCGCGAAAACCUUCUACAUGAGUGCGGGUCUGGUCGCGGUUCCCAUCGUUUUCCGAGGGCCGAACGGCGCAGCUGUCGGGGUCGCCGCUCAACAUUCACAGUGUUUUGCCUCCUGGUAUGCCAAUUGUCCGGGUCUCAAAGUACUCUCCCCGUAUAACUCUGAAGAUGCAAAAGGCUUAUUGAAGGCCGCUAUCCGAGACAACGAUCCGGUUGUCUUCUUGGAAAAUGAGCUUGUCUACGGCACAACGUUCGACAUGUCGGACGAGGCUAUGUCAAAAGAUUUCGUACUCCCCAUCGGAAAGGCGAAAAUAGAGCGGACCGGGAACGCGGUGACGCUUGUGGCACACUCGAAGCCAGUUGGAGCUUGCUUGGAGGCCGCCAACGAGCUGGCAGCGGCCGGUAUUGAGUGUGAAGUCAUUAAUCUGAGAUCCAUUCGUCCCUUGGAUUUCGAAACGAUUGCCAACUCAGUCAUGAAGACCAAUCGAUUGGUCACGGUCGAGGGCGGUUGGCCUUCUUCUGGAGUAGGAUCCGAUAUCAGUGCUCGCAUCAUGGAGAGCGCGGUUUUCGAUUAUUUGGACGCCCCCGUCAUCAGAAUCACGGGUGCCGAUGUUCCUAUGCCGUACACCGCAAGUUUAGAAGUCCGCGCCGUACCUCAGGCGAGCGACGUUGUGCGAGCCGUCAAAACAAUGCUCAACGUGCAGUGAAGAGCGAAAUAGAGGCGAAAAGUGAUCCCUAUCAGAGUUUCCUUUCUCAAGAGCCUAGUGGCGGGGAAGGCAGCAGCAGCGGACGGUCCCUAAAUUCAAUGCAGCUACAUUCGGCUGUGGAUUUUCUCUCGGAGUUCCCCCUCCCAUCGAAUGCUUUUUUCUGCGUUAGAGUUUCCUGAGUCCAAAAGAUUUCCCCACUGAUUUUCUCGAAUUUCGAAGCUCGGACGAAGUCCCAGACCUGCCAUGAAGUGAACGUCACUGUAGUUUUGCGGAUUGCUGCCAUUUAAUUACGGAGCAAUAGUUGCUGAAUUCGCCCUCUGAGUUCCUCGCUGUUAGACUGAAUAAUGUAAAUUAACUCGAUGUUGAAGAAUAAAGUUGCAGACGAAAGUGUUU